GGUUUAGGACGUUCCAGAUGCAAGGCAAGCCAUUGACCGAGUUCCGGAAGGAGUUCUUGAAGUUCUUUCUACCCCCCCGAUACUUUCAGCGCUUGGAAGAUACGAUCCGCUCCCGUCACCAACGACCCCGAGAAGCCUUUCAGGACUUCUUGAUCGACCUCCGACUCAUGAUGCAACGAGCUCAGUAUACUCCAGACAGAGAGCUGGACAGGAUCUACGAGAACCUUCGGCCGGAAUACCAACUGUUCCCCGUAGACAUGAGUUCGAGUCGUUGCGAGAACUGACCCAAUUGAUAGUAGCGUACGAGACAACGCGGGACCGCGAACAAACCCACCCAGCUAACGACCGCCCAAAUACGAAAGCCAGAACGCCAUCAUACCAAGCACCAGGAUUAUCCACCCCACAGCAUGCUCCUCCAGACGACACCGGGCCCUCCCGGAGCGCCGAGACGGUAAGCCGCGUAGUGACCCAGGAUGCAGACCGGCCGGUGAACACACGCCGGGCCUGCAGGAAUUGCGGGGAGGAAGGUCAUUUCAGCAGUUCAUGCAGGAAUCGGCGAGUGCUAUUCUGUUGGGAGUGUGGCCGCCGCGGCAUCCGGACGAUUGACUGCUGUAGGCUAUCCGAGUCGGGAAACGGGCCGAGUCUCCGCUCGUCAGGGAACCGAUCGGAGACAUACCUCCAGGGCCCCCAGGAGUAACUCAUCCCUUAAGUUUGGAAGGAGGCAGGAUCGCCGAGCUAGUAACCAUCGAAGGAGUACCGCUCACAGCUACCCUCGGCAUGGGAGCAACGCGGUCGUUCGUCAGUCAACGCAUCGCCCAUGAAGUAAGUACCGGAGGGAACGCACGGAACAUAAGGGCUCCCGUCCGCCUGGCGGAUGGUACAGCCAAGGAGGUGACGCAAGCAGUUUCGGUCAAGGUACGUCUGGAUCAACAGGAAACGCUGGUGAUUCUAUUAGUCCUACCCUUGGUAGUGGACGACGUCAUACUGGGGCUCGAUUUCCUUUGCGGCGUCCAGGCCAUAAUACAAUGCGGACGAGCGUACUUGCAGUUGACCCAGCGGGCGAUCCGGGAAACUAACCCGAUCUCCAGAUCAUCCUCGACUCGGCCCCGCGUGGUCACUUUUAGUGACGAAAGUCCCGCGACUGCAUACGCUGCUCCUACCCGCUCGACCAAUCCAACGGCGACCCACCGGACGAAGACAACUCACCAGAAUCCCGACCACGCCAGACCCGGCAAUGGACCAGUGAGAACGCACCAGAAUCCCAACCACGCCAGACCCAGCAAUGUACCGAUAUUUGUAUCGAAAGUACAGGGAACAUAAAGUGCUGGAAUGAGAUGAAUCCAACUAUUAACAAUCCACGUUCCCCAUUCACCCGUUCGCGGGGUAUUUUCGGAUCCAUGGGAUCCUUCGACUUUACCGACCAGCAGCAGCAGCAGCAGCCGGAGCUGCAGCUCCCCCCCGAAGGUUCCGUCGACAAGAAUGGACUCAAUGCGAUGCCCUUCCUAGGCCAAAUCCUCACCAGUCCUCUGCUGUCCCGCCCAAUGGGUCCAAUAGGUCGCGCACACCCCCCACCUUCCCUCCGAUGUGGGAUUCAGAUGGAUUCAAUGCUGUGCCACAGAUGUCAUCGAUGGGACCACCGCCCCUGUUGAGCUCCCUCUGGACAGGCGGCGCUUCUCCGGACAGCCGCGGAGACUACUACGACGGCCCGCACGAAGAGUACUCCGACGGCCGCUACGAUGGCGACUACGAGGGCGACUACUCGAUGCCCACCGAGGAGGACCAAGAGGAGGAGUCGUGCUCCUGUCAGAGCCAGACCUGUCAGAGCCAGAGCGAGUUCAGCUCGAUAGAGCGCACCAAGUCGGACUCGGAGUGGGAGGAGCUCUCCGACGGCCCUUCCCCCAGGGUCUCACCGCUGGAGUCCCUCGGCGCAGUCGUGCUCUCCACAAUGCAGCCGGAGCACCGUCAGCGCAUGGUGGCCUUGUACCACCUCGUCUUGGAGACCGCUGUGGUCAAGGUCGUGCUGCUGGUGCUACAGAUGCUGUGCUGCGCGGUGUUCUGGCUGGUCGAGAAGACCCGCCAGUUGCUGUGGCGCAUGGCCAAUUCACGGGGCGACGAGACGCUCGUUUUCUUUGCCGUGCUCACGACCACGCCCUGGCUGUUCUCCCUCAGCCUCCUGGGAUUCUUCCUGUCCCUGGCGGCGCUCCUGAAGAAGACCGUCAAGGAGCUGGUGUUCCAGAUACGCCUGCACCUCGUGCUCUAG